UCUGAUAUUUUAUUCUGAAAAACUUAGAUUAUUUGAAAAGUUAAGGAUUAAAAUGUUCAUUACAUAGUUAACUAUGAAGCAGUUAGCUUUUUGAACCUUAACACUUAAGUAUAAUUACUCAACGUUCUAUUACAUAUAUUUCGCAGUUAUGUCAUUCUAACUACAUUUUUUUAUACAAGCGUAUUAUUAAUUUAUAAUCAUACUUGUUAACUAAAAGUUAUAACUUUUAAACUAUGUAAACAAUUUUAUCUACUCAGGAUAGAUUUCGAUAGGGAAUGUUGGUGGGUGGUCUAUGCACCUCCAUGAGAAGUAACAAACGUAAUAAUGAAAAAGAUUAUUUCUAUAAAGAAUUUUAUCCAAGUUCGGAUAGAUAUAAUGAUUAUUAUUCACAAGGAAAUUAUGAAGGUUAUAAUGAUUACUCGCCGUAUAAUGAUUAUAAUAAUGGGAAUGAAUAUAAUUAUUAUUCGAAUGAUGGUUAUAGUAACUAUGAUUAUAAUUAUGAAGAUUAUUCACACCAUCACUAUGAUGACACUAAAGAACCAGAAGGAUAUGACGAACACUCUGACUAUAGAUACCAUCCAAAUCCCCAUAAUCAAUAUGAAACUAAUGAAGGAAAUAAUUAUGAUGAUAAAUAUCCUGAUGAUUAUAACAAUUUUGAUUAUUACAAUAAUUACAAUGUUGGAGAUCAUGAUAAUCAUCGAAUUUCAGAUAAUAGUAAUCAUCAAACAAAGGCGCCUGAUUAUCAAGCUUAUCGAAAACACGAAAAAGAUGUGUUCAGAUAUCAGGACUAUAGAUUAUAUCAUUGGAAUAAUCACCAACCAUAUACACAUUAUCAUUAUCAUUAUUACGAAGUGAAACCAAAUAAAUAUGAUAAGUAUGAUAAAUAUGAUGAGUAUUCGGACAACAAUGUAAGAUACUAUAAGAACAGGCAAGAAAAACCACCACAAUAUACUACUAUGAAACCUGAUAAUGAUGGAUUUAACUUUGAUCCAGAACUUCUUAUAUAACAACAUUAUUUAUUUUUCUCUAAGGUGAUAUAUUAAUAAUAUAAUAUCACAAGAUUAUGUAUCCAUAUUUUAGGUUACGUAAUAGGUUACUGCUAUUUAUCUUUUUAUUAUCCAUAAAGCAUAUAAUAUAUCAUUUGUCUUCUUAAUUGUGAUAUGAUAGCAACCGAUGGUUAGAGACCCUGGAUGACAUGGCUCAAAAUCGUUUGCAAUGGCGCAGGUGCAUCCACUCUUUGUGUUCUCCCAAAUUCUAAUCUUCUGAAUCCUCCUUGUCUCUUCUUUUCGCUUUCCAAAUUUAUUUCACUGGUUUAUACUCUUCAUAUAACAUCUUCAAACUCUAAUCUUCCCGAUUACUGCUUACACUUUUACUGCCUCUACAACUACGGGAUUUGAAUCGAAAACUGCACCUCUGUGCUAAUGUGGUGUGACAACUCGAACUGACGUACGAAGUUCUAUGUUGUUACUGACUGACUGACAUCAGUGUGAAAGAUGAUACAGAGAUAUUCCAUUUAGUUGAAUAAAUCAAUAUUAUACAUUGUUAUUUUAAAUUAUGUAGAUCCUUGAAAUUUUCAUUUGUAAUAGUAAUAGUUUAUUUUGUUGUUAUGUGUUAUCUUUAUCCUAUUUUAAGAUAACACUUCAAUAUGCAUUUUUAUGUUGCCUAAAAGUUUCAUUUUCUGAUUACGCAUAAAAUUUAUUAAUUUAUGAUAACUGAAGGUUAAUAUUGUUUUUCAAUUCAUUCUAUUAUGUCUCAUUUAUUUUAAAUCAACAGAUAGUUUUCACAUUUGAUAUGUAAUAAGAUAGUGUGAUUAUUGUAUUAAGAGGAUGGUCUGUGGACAAUUCGAAUUUUAAUCAAUACGUCAAAGAUUCGGACCACUUUCAGUUUGAGGAAUUCAAUUUUGUUACUAUCUA